UAAUACGUUAUUAUUGUAACUCGAGAAACGUAUGGUGCACAAAUGAACCAAAUCCGUCUUAUUUUCGUUGCUCGCUCAAGGUCUGGCUGAAAUAACAACACAUGUUGUUACACAAUACGCAGAUUUGGCAAACAAGACCACUGGAGUCAAUCACCUUCCGAAAAAUUGGUGACAAGUGUAAAUAUUUAUCGAUUUGUUUAAAUAUAAUCGCUUGGCCCUUGACUGGUGUUGGCACUGGAGUGGCGCAUCCACCAUUUUUGUGCCGAUUCAGUGAAGGGUGUAGAUAAACAGGGUGCAGAUUUAACAUAAUAUAACACUUGUUGGGGCCUAAUUCUGUUAGAUGAAUCGGUGCAUGCGCUUUUGAAGUCGUGUUUCGGGGGCGGUUGGUGGCAAACAGAGAAGGUUGUAGGUUUCUGGGGACGAAGGGUGUGCUAAUCGAUUCGAAGCAAAGCUGAAAAAUGUUAGAAAUGUGAAUGCGUUGACUCGUGUCCAGGAGCAUUUUAGUUGAUCAAUCAAAGGAUAUGAUGCUGCUUAUUUGAUAAUUUGGAUUAUCCUUAAUUGAUCGGAUGUGCGAUUCACUGUUACUUUUUUUUGGGGGGAUUGUCUCGGUUAGAGCAGAAUGGAAACCGAACGGAAGGAACAUAGGCUCGUUCUGCCAGUGCCGAUGUAUCACAAUGACUACAACAUUUGGUCAGUAUUAAAAAACUGUAUUGGGAAAGAAUUGAGCAAAAUCACGAUGCCAGUGGUAUUUAACGAACCAUUAAGCUUCCUGCAAAGGAUGGCUGAAUACAUGGAAUAUUCCCACCUGCUACGUUUGGCGUCACAGCAGCAAGACCCCAUAAUUCGAAUGCAGUAUGUCAUAGGUUUCGCCGUCAGUGCUCUAGCAUCAAACUGGGAACGUCUCGGCAAACCGUUUAAUCCUCUCUUGGGCGAAACUUACGAGUUGGAAAGAGAAGAGUUUAAGAUAAUUUGUGAACAAGUCAGUCACCACCCGCCAGUCUCGGCUUUUCACGCUGAAAGCAAAGACUGGGUUUUCCACGGUUCAAUCCACCCGAAGUUGAAAUUCUGGGGAAAAAGCGUCGAGAUCCAACCGAAGGGAACAGUCACUGUCGAGUUCCCUAAACUAAACGAGGCCUACACUUGGAGCAACGUUCAGUGCUGCGUCCACAACAUAAUCGUUGGGAAAUUAUGGAUGGAACAGUGCGGGACAAUGGAAAUUGUCAAUCACUCGACUGGACACAAGGCCCAUUUGACGUUCAAGCCCGCAGGCUGGAACUCCAAGGACCUGCACCGCGUCGAAGGCUACAUUGCGGACAAAUCGAAGCAUAAAUUAUUUUUCAUUUACGGGAAAUGGACCGAAUUCAUCAAAUGCACAGACUAUGCUUCCUACGAGGACUACUUGAAGGAAAACUCGCACAAAUUCAAGCGCGACGGUGACAAGAGCAAAAGCCCGAACGAUUCCCCAUCUCACACUUCCCGGAAAGUUUUGCAAAAACUGAACAGCUUGAAAGUCAGCCCUUUCAAGUCAAACUCGAGCCAAGAGAGUGUCGAUGAGUGUGCCCCUCCAGACGUCCCGGAUGGCAUGGUUCCAAAGAGCGAUUCCACCUACUCCAUUGACAUUCCCAAUUCGGUGACGAUCUGGAAAGUCAAGCCUCGGCCCUUGCAGAGCAGUGACUAUUACCAGUUUACCGAAUUCGCCAUGUCUUUGAACGAGCUGGAGCCCGGAAUGGACACGAGUCUGUGUCCAACCGACUCGCGCCUUCGGCCCGACAUUCGAAAGCUGGAGCAGGGCGACAUCGACGGAGCCGCUAUCGAAAAAACCCGUCUGGAGGAGAAACAAAGAGACGCGAAUAAGCACCGCAAGAGCAAGAAAGGGACAGAGUGGAGUCCCAGGUGGUUCAACUCGGGGAUUAAUCCGCACACCAAGCAGGAGGAUUGGGUCUACAAUGGGAAUUACUGGAAGAGGGAGUACACCGAUAAUCCCGAUAUAUUUUAAGCCAGACGUAGCGAUCGAUUAGGUAGAACUUAGCAUUUAUUGUAAAUCAUUCAUAAGUUUUGGGACGUGGCAAUGUUGAGAGUAUCUAAUCCCUAGCCUGAUUUAUUUCCGGGAACGAACGAUUUUGCCUUGAUGAUUUCGUAGACAACGUGCUCAAGGAUCAGUACCUUCGCGCUUGGUCAUAGGAAACGUUACAUAGUAUCAGUGUCUGUGCCAAAGCACAAUACCAUCAUAGUUAAAUUGUAUAGCGCUUAAUGCUUCCAAAAACUGGAAAUACGUAUCUACCUGUCCUUAAAAUAUCACCCAUCAUGCAAUAACUCCCAGACAAGGACUUAGUCCCUGUUUGUUGAUAUCAGUGUGUUGUUCACGAACUAGUAGGUCUAUUCGAUGAAAUUGGCGACUCAUUACAGUUGCCAUAUGAUAUUUUCGUAAUAUUUUAGGACACUUAAUAGGUUUAGUUACCAGUUGAAGUAAUUGUUGCAAAUAAUUGUCUAUAUAAAGUAGCUAGUGGCCUGAUAUUCCCACUUAUUUAAAAAUUGUUUUCGUACAACUAAUUUCGUUUGUUACGAAGGAACUAUAAAGUCAAUAUCUUGGGAUCAUUCGAUAUACAGUGAUGUAGGUAAAAUUAAGGUAUAUUGAAAAUUAUGUUUGAAUCUGUACAUCAUUACCAAUAAAUAUUUUAUUAUGAGUUA